UGUUCAGUUCAGCUGCUUGAUCUGCUCCAACAAGAUUCAAACAUGACCAGCAAACUGUCUGAUGACGGACCUUUUAUUCGAAAUGAUGAGGAGUUGAGGAUUGUGUUGGUUGGGAAGACCGGAAAUGGUAAGAGUGCCACUGGAAACACCAUCUUGGGCUGGAAGUGUUUUAAGUCAAACUUCAGUGCAGUGUCCCUCACGGUCAACUGCUCGAAGGGCAAAACCACUGUGGAUGGACAGCAGGUGGCUGUGAUUGACACCCCGGGCCUCUUUGACACCAGGUUUGUGCAGGAGAAAACAACUAAAGACUUGAGUCGGUGUAUCGGUUAUGCUAGUCCUGGGCCCCACGUGUUCCUGAUCAUCAUCAGGCUGGGCAGAUACACGGAAGAGGAAACAAAUUCAGUGCAGAACAUCCAGCAGAUAUUUGGUGAGGAUGCAGACAAAUACAGCAUGGUUCUCUUCACUCAUGGUGACCAGCUCGACAACACCAUUGAGGAGUUCCUGGAGGAAAGUCCAGAACUGCAGGAACUGGUGGCCAGAUGCAACGGAGAGUACCACGUCUUCAGGAACAGGGAGCAAGAUCACACUCAGGUCACUGAGCUGCUGAAGAAGAUCAGGAAGAUAGCUGCAAAGAACGGUGGAAGCCACUACACCAACGAGAUGUUCCAAGAGGCAGAGAGGAAAAUUGAAGAGGAGAAGCAACGGCUUCUGGAGGAGGAUAAGGAGAAAAUACGCAAAGAGAAAGAGGAGCUGGCAAACCAAAUACAGGCAAAGUAUGAUGAACAGAUGAAGAAACUGGCUGAGCAAUUCCAGGCUGAGAGAGAGAGGGAGAGGAGAGAGAGGGACACCGAAAGGAAGAUGGAGAGAGAUGAGAGAGAUGCAGAGAAAAAGAGAGAUAGAGAAGAGAAGGAAAGAAUGAUGGAAAAAAUGAGGGAGCAGCAGGAGAGGGAGUUGCAAGAGAAAAUGAAGCAGUUGGAGAUGCAAUUUGAACAACAAAAGAGACGAGAAGCUGAGGAGAGAAACAAAACUCGUCCUUCCAAAUGUUCUAUUUUAUGAAGUUAGCUGAGCUACUCAACACCGCCACCUUGUGUCUUGUUCAUGUGGAUGUUUUAAGCAACAAAUCAAGUGUGCAGACGAGCAGUUUGUAACAGAAUCAGUACUAAGAGCUUUUAUGGACCUAAAAGUAGUAAAACCACAUUGUAGAAUAUACUCUAAGUACUACUUUGACAAUAUUGCACAAAAGGAUUAGCAUCAAAAUGCCAAAAUUAAAAGUAAUUUUGCCUGUGCACAUAUACACAAAGACUUUCAGUUUCAGUUAAAGGGGCUUAAAAAUAUAUCACAUCACCAAUUCAGAAAUUAGUCAUUUUCAUACAAUCAUCCCAUUUUUUUCCAUUUUCGAUAAUUCGAGAUGAACAUUCUAAAUAUAUGGACAAAAUCAUCACUUGUACAGCAGGUUUCUUUAGACAAGUCAGGGAACAAGUCACUGAACAUGUCUUGGUUGUACAGAGGGAAAAUUACAAAAAUAAACAACGUUCUUGUCCCGAUACUUAUGGUCCUGACUGAUUCAUGCAUUCACCCCUUUAAGGCUAUAGCUGGUAAAUGUGGAACUAAUUUGAAUUUCCUAAAUUUUGUAUAUCACUUUACUGCUGAGUAUCCUAUGAAUUUCUUCAUGUGGAACUCUGAAUUUAUUGAUGUAAAAAUAUAAUUUAGUUAUUGAUUAUAAUUUAUAUUCUUAAUCUGAAAUUACAAAGUACCGUAUUUUCCGGACUAUAAGUCGCACUUUUUUACAUGUUUAGGCCUGGGGUGCGACCUAUACUCCGGUGCGACUUAUAAAUGAAAAAUACACCGGUAGGAUCUCAAUUAAUU